GGCCCCCGCCGCACCACUUCCGGCAGGCGCUGCGCUGCUGGGGGGCGCGGGUGAGGAUGGCGGCGGAGAACCAGGCCAGUCAGGAGAGCGCCCUGGGCGCCUACUCGCCCGUGGACUACAUGAGCAUCACCAGCUUUCCGCGGCUGCCGGAGGAUGAGCCGGCUCCCGCGGCCCCUCUGAGGGGCCGCAAGGACGAGGAUGCCUUCUUGGGAGACCCCGAUACAGACCCGGACUCCUUCCUGAAGUCAGCGCGCCUGCAGCGGCUGCCGUCGUCAUCUUCAGAGAUGGGGAGCCAGGACGGGUCGCCUUUACGCGAGACCCGCAAAGACCCGUUCUCCGCAGCAGCCGCGGAGUGCUCUUGCCGCCAGGACGGGCUCACGGUCAUAGUCACAGCCUGCCUCACCUUUGCCACGGGUGUCACUGUGGCGCUCAUUAUGCAGAUCUAUUUCGGGGACCCUCAGAUCUUGCACCAGGGCGCCGUGGUGACCGAUGCUGCUCGUUGUACAUCACUGGGCAUCGAGGUGCUCAGUAAACAGGGAUCUUCUGUGGAUGCAGCUGUGGCCGCCGCCCUGUGUUUGGGAAUUGUGGCUCCGCACAGUUCUGGCUUGGGCGGUGGGGGUGUGAUGCUGGUACAUGACAUCCGACGCAAUGAGAGCCGCCUAAUUGAUUUCCGGGAGUCUGCACCAGGGGCCCUCAGGGAAGAGGCCCUGCAGAGAUCCUGGGAAACCAAGCCUGGGCUCUUGGUGGGGGUUCCCGGAAUGGUGAAGGGGCUACAUGAAGCUCACCAGCUCUAUGGCAGGCUGCCAUGGUACCAAGUCCUGGCCUUUGCAGCAGCUGUGGCCCAAGAUGGCUUCAACGUAACCCAUGAUCUAGCACGUGCCCUGGCAGAACAGCUGCCGCCUGAUGCAUCUGAGCACUUCCAUGAGACGUUCCUGCCAUCGGGCCGCCCACCACUACCUGGCUCGCUGAUGCAACGGCCUGACCUGGCCAUGGUACUGGAUUUACUUGGCACCUAUGGCCCCGCUGCCUUCUAUGCUGGUGGUAACCUCACGCUGGAGAUGGUGGCCGAGGCUCAGCAUGCAGGGGGUGUUAUAACUGAGGAGGACUUCAGCAACUACAGUGCCCUCGUGGAGAAGCCUGUGUGUGGCGUGUACAGAGGCCACCUGGUUCUCAGUCCCCCACCCCCGCACACAGGCCCUGCCCUCAUCAGUGCUCUCAACAUCCUCGAGGGCUUCAAUCUCACCAGCCUGGUCUCCCGGGAACAGGCUCUUCACUGGGUGGCAGAGACCCUGAAGAUUGCAUUAGCCCUGGCCAGCAGACUGGGAGACCCCAUCUAUGAUUCUACAAUCAUUGAGAGCAUGGAUGACAUGCUAAGCAAAGUAGAGGCUGCCUACCUCCGGGGCCACAUCAAUGACUCCCAGGCAGCCCCUGCCCCACUCCUGCCUGUUUACGAGCUGGAUGGGGCUCCCACGGCUGCCCAGGUGCUGAUCAUGGGCCCUGAUGACUUCAUUGUGGCCAUGGUCAGCUCCCUGAACCGGCCCUUUGGCAGUGGCCUCAUCACCCCCUCGGGGAUCCUACUCAACAGCCAGAUGCUGGAUUUCUCCUGGCCCAACAGGACUGCUAACCACUCUGCACCCAGCCUGGAGAAUUCGGUACAGCCAGGGAAGCGGCCACUGUCUUUCCUACUGCCCACUGUGGUCCGGCCGGCAGAGGGGCUCUGUGGAACCUACCUCGCCCUGGGGGCCAAUGGAGCUGCCCGGGGCCUCAGCGGCCUAACCCAGGUUCUGCUGAAUGUCCUGACCUUGAACCGGAACCUGAGUGACAGCCUGGCCCAUGGCCGCCUACACCCGGACCUGCAGUCCAACCUCCUGCAGGUGGACAGUGAGUUCACAGAGGAAGAGAUUGAGUUCCUGGAAGCGAGGGGUCACCACGUGGAGAAGGUAGAUGUCUUAUCCUGGGUCCAUGGCAGCCGGAGAACCAACAACUUCAUCAUCGGUGUGAAGGACCCUCGGAGUCCAGAUGCAGCUGGAGCCACCAUCCUGUAGAGCAGCAGGGUGGGGUGGGGGUCUCUGCUCCCCCCCCCCCUUUGCAUGUUCCUAGAGUCCUUCCUUCUCCCAGGUUUGGUCUUAGGAGGACCCCAGGGAUGCCCCAGAUCAGGGGCAAGAGGGGAUGCUUAUCAAACUCUUCCCCAGAGUAACUGGAAAAUUCUCCAUCCAGAGGCCUGUGGUGGUGGUGGUGGUGGUGAGUGUCAGUGUUCAUAUCAGGCAGACAGGACCUUGAGGAGUCAGAUUAUCUGUCUGUCUCCUUUCCCUCAGCCAUGCUGGCCUUGAGCUUAGGGAUGUGCUUGCAAACCCUUCUCAAGGGUCCUCACAACCCCAAAAUCUCCAGUCUGGCCUUACCUGGGCCUUGUCUUCCAGUUCCCUUCUCUUGUCCUCAGCCUCAUUUCUUAAAUGACUAGGAUUUUUUUCUAAUGGGCCAUCCUGGGAGGUUCCUCUCUUCCUCCCACCAGGUUGAGGCAGGCACAUUGUAUCUGGGGUCCAGGGUACGGAAUCCCUAGGGGUGGGGGUGGGGACCAGCUCAGGGGCUUCCAUUUGCAAAGGGGAAUUAAAGAAAGAAUAUUGCUUAACCAUGGCUCUGGCUUGAUUUAUGUUUUGGCUGUGUUGGGAGUUGAGUGAGAGACCUCAGUUCACCUUGUCCUAGUAGCCUUGACUCCAGGGCAAACUAGAGUCAAUUUUAUGGGGGUCAUAAUAUCUGCCAUCUAUCUAAGGCUUGUAUUAUAAAAAUUAUAAAGUAAUUAAUAACUAUAAUUAUAGAUGGCAUCUAUUGAACGCUUUAUGUGUGCCAGGCUCUAUGCUAAUUUUAUUUAGUCUUUUUUACAAAUCUCAUGAGGUAGGUUCUAUGCCCAUUUUACAUAUGGGAAGCUAACAAAAAGAGGUUAGAGACUUGUCUGAGGGUCCUCAUGUAUGAAAUGGAAGAAUUGGGAUUCAAUCUCAGGAUGUCUAACCCUUAAUUUGUGCUCGUAACCAUUUGCACAUCUACUAGAUGAAUUACUUGUUAAAACAUAUACUGUAUACAAUAUAUAUAAGACAAUAUGUACCUUUUAUACAUUAUGGCAUUUAUGCAUGCACAUAUCCAUGCAUUGUCGUCCAGACACUUUGUUAGGCACUGGAAAUUCGUCAUUGAACAAGAAUAUUUUUUAUGGGUUUGCAGUUUACAGGAGGAAUAAAACAUUAAAGAAAUAAGGACACAAAUAAUUAGGGUAAUUGCCAUCACAAGAAGCUCUAUGAGGGAUGCUAUGAGAAUGGAUACCAGGAAAGUUAAUCUAAUUCAGGGGUGGGGUGGGCCAGCAAAGAUCUCCCCAAGGAGGUGAUGAGGGUGAGUAGGAUUGAAAGAAAAGGAUUAGAUGUGAGAUGUGAGAAUGUCAUUUUAGGCAAAGGGAUCAGUGUGUGUAAAGGUCCUUAGGGAUGUGCUUGCAAAGAAUGUGCUAUGUUAAAGGAGGUGGGAGAAAGCCAAUGUAUUCUUCCUAGAGCAGGGAUUAGUCAACAAAUGUUUUCUGCAAAGGGCCAGACAGUAAAUAUUUCAUGCUUUGAGGCUAUAUGGUCCCUGUAGUAACUACUCAACCUUACUGUUAUCAUAAAAAGCAAUCAUAGACAUUAUGUAAACAACUGUCUAUGUUCCCAUGAAACCUUAUUUUUUUUUAAUUAAAUCUUUAUUAUUCAGAUUAUUACAUUUGUUCCUCU